CAUUGCAAAAUGCUCCUCGGUUUGCUGCAAAGAGCAACCUCUGCCAUAUGGGGAAAGAGGCACCUUCCUCUCCAUAGCUCCACCUUUUCCGGGACGAAUGUAACUCUCCUGCUGCUUCUCUCCCUCUCUUUGGAGCAGACAUUCGCAUGGUCAUCCAAAAGAGUCGAAAGGAAACCAGGAACGUGCCCCGAAGAGAGGCUCACCUGUAGGGCUACCAUUCCAAAUUUGUGCAGAACAGAUUUCAACUGUGAUGGAUAUCUGAAGUGCUGCUCUUUUGCCUGUGGGAAGAAGUGCAUAGAUCUAUACGAAGAACCCUGCAUGCUACUCUUAGACCCAGGAUACUGCAACAGUGUGACACAGCGCUGGUAUUUUGACGUAAACCAUAAAUUAUGCCUCCCCUUUAAGUAUGGAGGUUGCCUUGGGAAUGCCAACAACUUCUUAAGCAAGGAAGACUGCCUGAAGGCUUGCGCAUUAACUGACAAGAAAGGACUGUGCCCAGCCUUCCCUUUCAAGGACCAGAUGCAGUGUUCAACUUUGUGUAGGAGUGACAAUGAUUGCCCUGAUAUUGAAAAAUGUUGUGACUCCACCUGUGGCUUUGUUUGUGUCACUCCCUGGAAAGUCAAAGCAGGUUUCUGUCCACAAAAGCCCUCACUAUGUUCCAAGAUUGAUAAACCCAAGUGCAUGAAAGAUGAGGAUUGCCCGUUGUCAGAGAAGUGCUGUUUACGUUGUGGAUUAAAGUGCCUGGAACCUAAAGAUUAG